UUCAAGUCGUACCAACCAGUGCUGACUGAGUUGUACAAGCGGCUCGAUGGUGUGCAGCAGUACCAGAUCUUUUCGAUUGACGGCUCCAAGCCGGGUGUUCUGGCGUGCAAGAAGGGCCCAAAUUCGGAUGCAGAGGAGCAGGACUUACGUCGAAAGAUCGAUGGCAUUUUGACGGCAAAGGGGAAGGUGGCACGAAUCAUGACAGACCACAUUGAAAUCCUGCCACCCCCCCCAUCUAUCAAUGCCGAGAAGAAAGAGCAGAUGUACAAGUCCAUUAGGCCGUACGUCCCGGACGAGUUCCAGAACGACCCGUUGUACGCGAAGCCAAGUGAGGAUGAAGGAGCUGCAGCUAAAACGAAGAAGCAAGCUCGCUUACCGCAUCGUGCUGCAAUGGCAGCGGCCGCAAGAAGAACCAAGAAGGACGUGGAAUGGCUGCCCAAAAGAAGAGAGCAGCACCCAGCAAGAAAGCUGUUGCUAACUCCAAGAAGCGCAAGUCUUCAGCGACGCCUGAAGCUGAAGAUGAGUAGCCGAGAGCAUGUAGUGCAUCAUUUUGUUACCUAUGUCCACUGGUGA